GGAAGAUGGCUGCUGGCUGGCUGCUAGUCUUUAGCCUGACACUUUUCCAGUCCCUGGUGAUGAACCACUCCUCGGAGGGACCUUUUCCUUCUGCCACGACGAUAAAGUCAUGGGUAGAUAAGAUGCAAGAGGAUCUUGUAACAUUAGCACGAACUGCAAGUGGAGUGGACCAGCUUGCUGCGAUUUAUUUGAAAAACAGAGAUUUGUAUACUGUAGAAGCCAACAAUCCUCGUCAGCUAGUGGAAAUUGCAGCCAGAGACAUUGAAAAACUUCUGAGUAACAGGUCGAAAGCCUUGGUGCGCCUGGCUAAAGAAGCAGAGAAGUACCAAGCAUCACAUCAGUGGAGGGAUGAGUUUGGGAAUAAUGACAUAAUCUAUUACAAUGCAAAAGAUGAUCAGAAUGAUCCUGAAAAGAAUGACACUGAAUCUGGCAGCCAGAGGAUCAAACCAGUAUUUGAAGAAGAUCCUGUUUUCCGACGGCAAACAUCUUACCAACAUGCAGCAGUCCACAUACCAACAGAUAUUUAUGAAGGCU